AUGGUUAUAAAUACAACGGAGAGUUUGGCUUUAGCAUCGGAGAGACAAAAAGGGUAUCUCACUAAAGCUUUUAUUGCGUGGAAUCAGGAAUUACGCCAUCAAACUGGGCAAAUUAGUGAUUCUCUUGCUAAACAUGAAUCAAAUUCGAGUCUAGAACAAUUGUGGAACUGGAGAGCUGUUCUUACUGAGGUUGCAAUUUUAUCCAGAUUCCAUCUUCCAAAUUCUUUUAACGGAUGUGUAGAUCAGAAUUGUGAUUGGUGGUUGCGAGCUACAAAACUUAAAAGUUGUAAUAGAUUUGAAAUUACAAAGUAUCGCAACAUUCACUCAUGUGGGGCACAACACCUUACAAGUCAUCAUCCACAUGCCUCAGCAGAUGUCAUUGCAGAAUACAUACAACCUAAUUACUUGAAUGGAAAAGGUCCCUCCACAAAAGACAUAAAAAAUAUAGUGCAAGCAGAUUUGGGCUGCAAGAUUAGUUACUGGAAAUGUUGGAAAAGCAGUGAGAUAGCAAAGGCUAUGAUAAGAGGGACACCGGAGCACGGAUAUGCAGUUCUAGAUGGUUAUCGUCAUAUGCUUAUGACUAUAAAUGAAGGAAGCAAGACAUCGUUAAAGCUUGAUGACAAGGGAAGGUUCAAAUAUUUUUUUGCAUCUUAUGGAGCUUGGAUUAGGGGGUUUGUGCAUAUGAGAAAAGUUUUAGCCGUUGAUGGAACAUUCUUAAGAGGUCGUUACGAUGGAGUUUUGUUGUCUGCUGUCGCACAGGAUACAGAAAAUCAUGUUUUUCCUGUUGCAUUUUGUGUAGUAGAUAAGGAAUGUGAUGCCGCAUAUGAGUACUUUUUUGAGAAAUUGUUGGACAUAGUCCCUGAUACUUCAGAGUUGUGCAUUAUUUCUGAUAGGCAUCCAAGCAUAGAAAAAACACUAUCAAAAUUUUACUCUGAAGCAUACCAUGGAUGUUGCACGAGGCAUCUUGGUGAAAAUGCCCGUAAAAAUUUUCAUUGUGGAGCUUUUCUUGGACAUUAUUACCAUGCAACAAAAGCAUAUCGGAGAGAUGUGUUCCAUGACCAUUUUGAACAAAUCCGAAUUAUCAAUGCGGAGGUCGCUGAUUAUCUUGAGAAUGUUGGGUUUCACAAAUGGAGUAGAGCAUAUUUUCCAGGAAACAGAUAUGAUGUAUUGACCUCAAAUAUUGUUGAGUCUGUUAAUGCAAUGUUCAAGAGUAUAAGGAGAUUUCUUCACAUCAAGAGCUGUUGA